CGCAAACUAGUUUCAGCAACUUAACGGAUUGAGCAUGAACUUGACUCCCUUCAAAGUUGCAAAUUAAUUUUUAAGUCGUUCGACAAUUAAAUCUUUUCCCCGCCCGAAGACUAUAUGCUGAAUCGCAGCGCGAUAAUAAAUAAUAAUAAAAACUCGUAUAUAAUAAUUCGAUAAGUGCACAGUGGAAAAAAAGAAGAAAAAUACAAGCCUGGCGAGCUCGUUCGACAUUAUCUUGGCAUAUAUACAUACGCACUGACCGGAGUCGUAACGUCGCACGGCGAGUUUUUUUUGUUAACAUAUUCGAAGCGAACACGUGAAAUAAUCUUGAAACUGCGGUGUGCAGCAGCAGCUUAUGUUAAUUCACAUAUAUCGCGAGGAUCUCCGGCGAGGAGCUCGGCAAGCGGCACAGUGUCAUUUUCUGAUCGAUGAGGGAAUGUUAUAAACGCGUCGCACCGAACCGCAAGAUCGAUUAUUUCUCAUUGUUUUUUACGCACUUUUCCGAAGAAGACAGUCCGACUUCGCACUGCAGUGUAAUUAAUCUUGUGCCGAUAACCAUGUAUACUUACAAGCCGAUUCCUCAGCAACCCAAAGGACACGUCGCCCGCAAUUUCGACUAAUUCCCGUUCGAAAUCAUUUGACAAAAAAAGAGCAAAACUAACGAAAAAUUAUCGUGACGCUGUAAUCAGCCAAGAUGACGGAAACGAUCGACGAAAAGGAAGAGAGUCGCAGUAACAAGAGCAGCGGAGAAUCCGUCAGAAUUCAAGUCGAAGAAGCUAAAAUAUCUCGCUUCAACGGCUAUGUUCCCAUCAACGGCAAAGACAUGUCAAACUACGCAGAGAUGGUCCAAUCUGCUAGGGAGACGUUUUACAGUGGUAAAACUCGCCCAAUGGAUUUCAGGAUUAAGCAAAUAAAACAACUAAGAAAAAUGAUAGAAGAAAACAAAUCAGAUUUCAGUGGAGCCUUAAGCACAGAUCUUAGAAGGACUAAGUUUGAAAAUUAUGUGCUGGAAGUUGAUUUCACCAUCAAUGAAUGUACUCACAUGCUCCGUCAUAUUAAAGAGUGGGCAGCUCCUGAAAGACCUUCAAAAACAUGGGUCAAUUUUUUUGAUGAUGUAGUUAUUCACAAAGAACCUUACGGUGUUGUUUUGGUAAUGGGUGCAUGGAACUACCCUCUUCAACUAACAUUAGCACCAGUUGUUGGUGCAAUAGCAGCAGGAAACUGUGUCAUCAUAAAGCCAUCAGAAGUUGCAUCUGCUGUUGCCAAAUUAAUAGCUGAUUUAGUUCCAAAAUAUUUGGACAAUGAAUGUUACAAAGUUGUAUAUGGUGGUGUCCCAGAAACUACUGAACUUCUAAAACAGAAAUUUGACUAUAUUUUUUACACUGGUUCAACAACUGUUGGUCGUAUUGUCCGGGAAGCAUCCAACAAGUUUCUUACCCCAGUCACAUUGGAGUUGGGGGGCAAAAGUCCUACCUACAUAGAUAACACAGCUGAUAUUCCAAUCACAGCUAAGCGUCUUAUUUGGGGAAAGUUUAUUAAUGCUGGGCAAACUUGUAUUGCACCUGAUUAUGUACUUUGUACAAAAGAAGUACAAGAUAAAAUCAUAGAAGAAUCCAAACGUGUUAUAAAAGAAUACUAUGGAGAAGAUCCAAAAGAAAGUCCAGAUCUUUGUCGAAUUAUCACCACAAAACAUUUUCAACGCUUAGCUGCUUUCUUGUCUAAUGGAGAAGUAGCAAUUGGUGGAAGAACUGAUCCAAGUGAAAAAUAUAUUGAGCCUACAUUUCUUAUAAAUGUUAAGCCAACGGACCCAAUUAUGCAAGAAGAAAUAUUUGGACCAAUAUUACCUUUUAUCAAUGUGAACAAUGCUUAUGAAGCAAUCAAGUUUAUCAAUGAGCGAGAGAAACCUCUUGUAUUAUAUGCAUUUUCAAAGGACUCUGCUGUGCAAAAUCUAUUCAUUAGUCAAACUCAAUCUGGUGCUGUUUGCAUAAAUGAUACAAUUUUACAAUAUAGUGUUGACACUUUGCCAUUUGGCGGAGUAGGAAUGUCUGGUAUGGGUGCAUACCAUGGCAAAUUAUCAUAUGAUACAUUUGUCCAUCCCAAGGGUUGUCUACUGAGAACAUUCAACUUCAUUGGUGAAUUUGUAGGAUCAUCGCGUUAUCCUCCAUAUUCGGAGACCAAGUUAAAAUUCUUGACAGAAACAUUGGCAAAGAGACCUGAUAUUCCUGGAAUAAAGUAUUUGCCAUAUUUGUUGACUUUCGGACUAGGCGUCGCCGUGACGUUUGGCAUUAAAGCUAUGAUGAAGGGAUCUGACUACGAUGAAGAGUCGUAAGAUAACGGAAUCGAUUGAAGCUGGCUUGUGAUUGUCUUGAAUAAAUGCAGUGUACAUGAC